CUGGCCUUCUGGGGGCGGCGCGUGCGCCGCUCGUCCCGGCCGCGGUCUACUGAGGAGCCUCAGGGUGUCUCGCUACUGCCGCAGUGCGGUCCGUCGUCCCUUAUCACGCGCGGGAUGCUGCUCCUGGCGUUGGGCGGUCCGUGGGCGGCCGGACUGCGGCUCGGGGGGAAGAAGACGGCGCCGUGGGCGGCCACCGCGCUUCGAGGCCCCAGGGCGGCCCUCUCGUGGGCGGCCUCCUGUAGCGGCUUCUCAGGGCCGAUUGGCGGCUGGGGCGCGGGGCUGCGGGGAGUCGCGCCGCUUCUCCCGCGUCCCGUGCGAGUGCAGGUACCUGUUUAUUGGCAUGGAUGUGUUCGAUGUUUACAUACACAACAUGAAAAAGCAGAAGAUGGAAGGCUGAUUUAUACUGGGAAUCUGGCCCGAACAGUAUUUGGUGUGAAAUGUUUCUCUUACUCUACAAGUGUGAUCAGCCUUGCAUUUCUCCCGUACAUUUUUGCACAAAAUAAUAUUAUAUUUGGAAGUGUGCCUUUGCAAAUCUUAUUCUACAGCAUCAUAGGAAGCUUUACCGUGAUCACUCCAGUACUACUUCACUUUAUUACCAAAGGCUAUGUCAUUCGGUUGUACCAUGAGGCCACAACAGACACUUACAAAGCCAUUACUUACAAUGUGGUGCUUUUAGAAACAAGCACAGUGUUUCACCAAAAUGAUGUGAGGAUUCCCAACAGUGCACAUGUGUUUACCACAUUUUAUGCCAAAACAAAAUCUUUGUUAGUUAAUCCAGCGCUCUUUCCAAACCCUGAAGACUAUAACCAUCUCAUGGGUUAUGACAAACCAUUCACUUUUGAUAUGGAAGAAGCCAGUGAAAAGAAACAGCUUAAAGAAGAGAAAUGAGCCUGUUGUUUUUAUGUUUGUGCUUAAAUGUGAUGUAUGUUCCAAUGCAUAAUAAUAAAAUUGCUUUUGCUUUUGAUUUAUGUUAGUGACUGUUAAAAAAUAAUCUGAAAUUGUAUCAAAAAGAACUUUAACUUUUCAGAGAAUUAUGUUCCUUUAUAAUAAAGUAAGUUAUGUUUGAAAAACAAAA